AUGAUUAUUAUUCGAUGGAAAGCAAGCGGCAACACUUUGGUUUGUCUCGAUUCAGAGCAGUACCAUGCUUUGGUGCUACGAGGUGGCAACAACGUGAGAACCCUCAAGCGCUACUUGUGCUCCCUGACAGGAUACACUCGAUUCAGGCAGUGCCUCUUCGACGAGGCUAACGAAGAAAGCUUCGGCGAGCUGGCUGAUAGCUCCAUCUUCGGCUUUCCCGCAGUCCUGUCGUUUUUGGUCAAGGGCUUUGUCCCAAACGACAAAGAGCGGUAUGACGAUCUUCUCCUAGCUGCAGAGCACCACCGUGACGAAGACUUGCAGAUAUUAUUGCAAGAGCCCCAAAGGCCAGACCUUGUUGAUGAGACUUGGCUGUGGUCGGCUCUUCACGGUGCCUGCUACUGGAACAGCUUGGCCUGCAUUAACUUGCUGCUUGAGGCGCGUGCUCACGCAGACGCAGUGUCGGAGUACUCCCCAUGGGAGGGGGACUCAGGUGCCACGCCCCUUCUAGUAGCUGCAUACAGAGGCAACCAGGGAGCCGUGGCAAAUCUGAUCGCCGCGGACGCCAAUGUCAACUAUGGAACCGAAGUUGGAUGUUCAGCCUUGUUGAUCGCUGUCGCCGGUGCGAAUCCAGACCUCACGCAGCAGCUGCUUUUCGCCAGAGCCGACGUGGAGAAGACCACGAAACGCGGUGUAUCGCCCUUGUUCGUAGCUGCACGUAAUGGUGACAAUAGUAUUGGCUGUCUCGGCAUAGUCCAGAUGCUGAUUCUGGCACAGGCAUCCUUGGACAAAGCAUGCAACGAUGGGACGAUGCCGCUGCACGUUGCAUCUUGGAUGGGUCACUGUACAACUGUCCUGCUCCUGGUGCAGGCGCGUGCGAACAUCAACAUCAACAAAGCCGACAAGAUAGGUGGAACUGCACUUCUGUUGGCUUCAGCAGAGGGCCGCACUCGCACUGCAAGGAUCCUUAUUGAUGCCAGAGCGGACUUGAACAUUGCAUCCGUCAAGCGUCACACCCCGGUAUUUGCAGCCUGUUGCAGGGGCCAGAUUGAGGUUGUUCAGUGCUUGCUGGACGCAAGAGCGGACACAAAUCAAGCUUCUGAUGAUUGCGGACCUCCCUUAUUCGUGGCUUGCUUGCACAGGUCUGCUGCCCAUGUGGCAAUUCGGAAGAAGUUGAUCCAGGCCAGAGCCGAUGUGAACAAGGCAGAUGAGGCAGGCAAUUGUGCCUUGCACGCAGCUGCCGGUCGAGGGAACCGUGAGGCAGCACAGCUCUUGCUGAAAUCGAGGGCAGAUGUGAACCAGGCCAGCUCGAAGGGGAUGACGGCUUUGUUGAAUGCCGCCGCAAGUCCUGCCAACGACGCGGCUGUGGUCUCUUUGCUCGUCCAGUACAGGGCCGACCUCGAUCGGCCCGAUGGCGAAGGUGAGACGCCCAUUUUUGUGGCGUCAAGAACGGGAAACCAGAGGGUUGUGAGUUCGCUGCUGAAGUGCAGUGCUGACAUCGAGAAAUGCGAGGACGGCAAGCCGACGCCGAUCUUCAUUGCUGUUUACGAAGGUUGGACUGACAUCGUGAGGAUGUUGGUCCGUGCCAGAGCCAGACUUGAUAUCAGGACGGAGAAGGUCACGCCACUCAUGGUCGCUUGUAAAAGGGGCCACCGUGAAGUCGCGCAGCAGAUCAUUGAUGCCGGUGCCAGCAUUGAGCAAUGCGGUCAGGAUGGCGAUACACCUUUGUCUGUGGCUACGUCGCGAGGUCACGGCUCAGUCGUCCAGCUACUUAUCUCUCGCCGUGCCCAUCUUGACAAGGAAGCGGAGAAUGCCGCCACAGCCCUCUCGAUCGCUGCUUGCAGGGGUGACCAGAAGAUUGUACAGGGGCUGCUUCGUGCUCGUGCACUUGUCAACAAGGCAAAUGCCAAUGGGGCGACAGCAGUUUUUUUUGCUGCCCAGGAAGGCCAUGUAGGAGUCGUGCAGCUCUUAAUUCAGGCCCGAGCCACUUUAGAUGAGGUAGCCGAAAACGGUGCGACAGCCUUGUCAAUGGCUUCGUGCAAAGGCCAUGUGAAAAUUGUGCAUCAACUACUUCAGGCUGGAGCCAAGGGCGGCCGCUGA